UUGUACACGAUCUGUCAUUCCAGAAAUGAUGGUUGGGUGAAGCCAAGGAAAAUGAGAAAAGAAUAGUGAUGUGGCAGUGGCAGUUACGUUGACUGUGUUCCUGAUAGGACUAGAAUUAAUAAUCGUGUUCAAAUUUUACUGACUUAUCAGUUAUAUGUGCCUAUUAACUUCGGUAAAGAAAUGAAUCAAAAUAAUCAAGAUAUGAAGAUAUACAUUGAGAAUGCAAAUAUCAAAAAGAACGAAAAAGUAAAUUUCGAAGUAAAAAUAUUAUUUUACGAUAUCAGUAAUUUCAGUCAGUUGUCUCAGUUAUUAAUGUGCAGUACAGGUGUUUUUGUCUUCUACUUGUUGUAUGGCUAUAUGCAGGAAUUGAUUUUUACACUUGAGGGAUUCAAGCCUUUUGGAUGGUACCUAACGUUGGUCCAGUUUGCAUACUAUUCCUUGUUUGGGUCUGUUGAAAUGAUGGGAAAGAAGAUUUCAAGAAUGAUUCCUCUGAAAACCUACCUCCUGCUAGCUCUGUUGACACUUGGCACCAUGGGAUUCUCAAAUUCAUCACUGGGGCAUCUUAAUUACCCCACACAAGUGAUCUUCAAGUGCUGCAAACUCAUCCCAGUUCUUGUGGGGGGCAUCCUAAUACAGCAGAAACGUUAUGGAAUACUUGAUUUUAUAGCUGCUGGCUGCAUGUGUCUGGGACUCACUCUGUUCACUCUUGCUGAUAGUCAUGUGUCACCGAACUUUAGCACCAUAGGUGUGCUGAUGAUCUCCAGUGCUUUGCUUUGUGAUGCAGCAAUUGGCAAUGUCCAGGAGAAAUCAAUGAAAGUUUACAAAGCAACAAACACAGAGGUUGUCCUAUACUCAUACUCCAUUGGUUUUGCAUACCUGUUCAUCAUCAUGCUCGUCACCGGUGACCUUGGCAGAGGAAUGGCUUUUUGCUCCAUGCAUUUGAUGGAAACAUAUGGUUAUGCGCUGAUCUUCUCUCUAUCUGGAUACCUAGGGAUACAAAUUGUUCUGACUCUCGUAAAGACGUGUGGGGCCUUCACAGCUGCAACAGUCACCACGUGUCGCAAAGCUGUCUCCAUCAUCAUCUCAUUCAUGUUGUUCUCCAAGCCUUUCACAUUCCAAUAUUUGUGGUCUGGCUUGAUUGUUGUGGUUGGGAUCUAUCUGAACAUUUAUAGCAAGAAUCAAAGUAAGAUGGCUUUGCAAGGUUCCCUGCACAAGUUCCAUAGAUUUGUUCAACGAACUCUACUGAAGAUUAAAGUUCCUAGUUAUUCUGUGGAUAAGAGUAUGCUGUCUAAUGUGUAGGCACCUAACAUAUAUCGCUCUCAAUGCUCCAUUAGUAGAAAUGUGAGCAUAACAUCAAGAGAAUGUGGUGUCAGUUGGAUAUUUUGGCAGGAUAUUAGCUGCUGCAGGGAUAGCCACCUGAUUGUUCGUGAAUGGUUCAUGCCUUACAAACUGCAGAUGUAAGCCAGAUCAAAUGAAAUUAGAAGAUGAAUAUGUAUCCAUAAAAUGGAAAGCACUGGAGAGAAAAUGGUCAAAGCCCAUAUCACUAUACUAUCCCAGCAUUUCUGAACUUGCAGGACAAGAAUUUUACUGGGAUGUGAAGUAAAUCAGGAGUGGCAAACUGACUGAUCCCAAAUGACUGAAUGUUUGUUAUCUGUAAAGGUUACUUAGCAUCAAAUGAGAUGACAGGACAGUUUAGUAUGGUGAACAGCAAAGGCUUGGUGAACCAGUAGUCAUUGUCUGUGCAAAGUAACCUGUGUCUUGACACUCACAUUGAAGAUCUGUAAAAAUCUUGCAGCAGACCUUGUGAGUUGCUGAGACCAAACUGAGUGCUUUCUGGAUACAAGUAAAAAGGUAAAGUUGUCCAUGAAGAUGUGUGGGGGAGUAGAUGAAUAGAUUAAUGUAUUCUUUACUUGGCACUAGUUGGAGGUGAGUGGUCAGCUUCAAGCCCUGACUGCUUUACCGCCCAGUGAAAGGGCCCCUGGUGCCCAUCGCGUAUGGGGCUGGGUGGGCCCCAGAACCGACGUGGAUGACGUAGAGUACAGAAAUCUUCCCCUUACCGGGACUUUAUAUCCAGCCUCUUGGCCAUCCAACCUGUAGCCAGUUGCUAUACUGACUAUGCUAUCUCAGCUCUUUUCUGAAUCAAAGUUUGAUAUAUUAACUUCUUGAGUUUAGGUCGUUAGUGACCAACAUGAAGCAAAUGUGCAUGGAUUCAAAAUGUCAUCAGAAAGUUAUAAGAAUUGUGAUAAUGUAGCAUGCUGUUUCAUUCAUAUGUCAGAUAUAUUUUCUGUGCAAAAUGGCUGAAACAGUUUUCAACUUCUGUUUAGAAUACACCAGUAGGAAGGUCCAAGAGACUCAGAAGGAUUUGAAGAUGGAAGGAACAGUUCAGCUACUUAUAUAAGAUGAUGCCAAUUUCUUAGUUUAAAAUUAACGAAGAACACAAACUGUAUUCUUCACUGUACUGAGGCCAUGGAAACAGAUGUAAUUGUUGGUAAUAAAGAUAGCUUUUGAGACCUCCCA